CCUCACCCCGCCCGCCUGCUCCCUCUGAGUGUGUGAGUGAGUGUUUGCUGCUGGGAGCCAGUCGAGCAGCGGAGGACACUUUCUCCUCUUCCUGUUCUUCACUCCAUCAUGCUCUCUGCUUCGGCUGCGCCCUGGCUCUAAAACAAAACGGGCAGGUGAACCAACAUAACCCCAUGAGUUUGAGUUGGGCUGUCGAUGAGUAGGAGCUCUAUGAGGAUCGAGAGUUAAAGACCGAGCACCUGAGGCUUCUGGUGAGCUCGUUGCAUCGCUUUCAGCUUUACCCAGAUCCCAUCUCAGCCUAAUCCCAUCAUCCUCUUCUUCAUCCAUCCCUUUUGCUGCCCGUGGGAACCCAGCAUCGCCAUGUCCACCUUCGCCCCUUUCCUCCUCUUCCUCCUGCUCCUCUCCCCGCUGCCUCCCUGCCAGCCGGAGUCGCAGCGCAGUGACCCCAGCGCUGACCCCAGUCUGAGGGCCGCUCUGCCCUCCUCCUAUCCUUCCUCCUUCUCUCCAUCCCUGGCUUAUGGGAACAGCACCGCCCCUGCCCUCAAGGAUAAGUGUAACCAGGAGACGGUGUGCGAACCAGGAAUUCUGCUGCCCGUCUGGAAGCCGGAUAAUCCUGGGCUCGGUUAUCAGGUGGCCAGAGCCGUGGUCUACUUUGUUUCUCUCAUGUACAUGUUCCUGGGAGUGUCCAUCAUCGCAGACCGCUUCAUGGCGUCCAUAGAGGUCAUCACAUCGCAGGAGAAGGAGGUGACCAUCACCAUGCCAAACGGGGAAACAUCCGUGGCAACGGUUCGAAUCUGGAACGAAACUGUCUCCAACCUGACUCUAAUGGCUCUGGGCUCCAGCGCUCCGGAGAUCCUGCUGUCUGUGAUAGAGGUGUGUGGUCACAAAUUCGAAGCAGGUCAGCUUGGACCGGGCACCAUUGUUGGAAGCGCCGCCUUCAACAUGUUUGUGAUCAUCGGGAUCUGUGUAUGGUCGAUCCCGGUUGGCCAAUCGCGGAAGAUCAAACACCUCAGGGUGUUCUUCAUCACUGCCUUCUGGAGCAUCUUCGCCUACAUAUGGCUCUACCUCAUUCUGGCUGUUAUUUCACCAAGCGUGGUGGAGGUCUGGGAGGCCCUGGUGACGCUUCUGUUCUUCCCGGUUUGCGUCCUCCUGGCCUGGAUCGCCGACCGCCGUCUGCUCUUCUACAAAUACAUGGGCAAACGCUACCGAGCCGACAAGCGCCAUGGCAUCGUCGUGGAAACCGAGGGGGACUUGACCCCUACCAAAGGCGGCAUGGAGAUGAUAAUGGAUGGCAAGCUGCCACCCCGAGGAAGCGCAGUGGUCCCUGCUGAGAACGGCGGGGGCGGGGCUCAGGAUGGCACGGCGGGCGCCACGGCGAACAACAUCAGUGCUGCGGCGGGAGCCAGGGGCAACCUGCCAAACUCCAACAGCACCACCGUGAAUGUGGAGAGCAGCAGGGAGCUGGAUGAGAGCCGCAAGGAGAUGAUUCGCAUCCUGAAGGAGCUGAAGCAGAAAUAUCCUGACAAAGAACUGGACCAACUCAUGGAGCUGGCCAACUACUACGCCCUGCUUCACCAGCAGAAGAGCCGCGCCUUCUACCGCAUACAGGCGACCAGGAUGAUGAUCGGAGCUGGAAAUGUCCUGAAGAAGCACGCCGCUGACAACGCCCGCCGGGUGGUGGUGGCUGACGAGGAGGAGGAUGAAGAAGAUGACCUGGCUGUCUGCAGCCACAUCUCCUUUGAGAGCGCCCACAGUCAGUGCAUGGAGAACUGUGGCGUCCUCACUCUGGCUGUGGUCUGUCAAGGAGGUCUGGGAGAGAACACCUUCUACGUGGACUACAGAACUGAAGACGGUUCUGCCAAUGCUGGGUCCGAUUACGAUUACAGCGAGGGGACACUGGUAUUCAAACCCGGAGAGACUCGGAAAGAGAUCAAGGUUGGAAUAAUUGACGACGACAUAUUCGAGGAAGAUGAGCACUUCUUCGUCCGUCUGCUCAACCUGAGGGUCGGUGACGCCGAGGGGAUGUUCGAAAGCGAUGAGGUGGGCACCGCCCCCAAAGCUCGCCUGGUUGAGCCCCUGGUUGCCACGGUGACCAUCCUGGACGAUGACCACGCCGGCAUCUUCACCUUCAGCGAGCGCAUGGUGCGCGUGAGCGAGAGCGUGGGCACCAUGGAGGUGACAGUGGUGCGGAACUCAGGAGCCCGAGGCACCGUCAUCCUGCCGUACCACACCGUGUCGGGCACCGCCAAGGCGGGGGACGACUACGAGGAGGCGAGGGGGGAGCUGGAGUUCACCAAUGACCAAACCACUCAGAUCCUCCAGGUGAGGAUAAUCGAUGAUGAAGAGUAUGAAAAACGCGAAAACUUCUUCAUCGUGCUAGAGGAGCCACGCUGGUUAAAGAGAGGAAUCUCUGCACUGCUGCUCAACCAAGAGGCAGCAGAGGGUCAGCUGAGUGCUGAGGAAGAGGAGGCCCGGAGGAUCGCUGAGAUGGGGAAACCCAUCCUGGGGGAGCACAGCCGCUUAGAGGUGGUCAUUGAAGAGUCCUAUGAGUUCAAGAGCACCGUCGACAAGCUCAUUAAGAAGACCAACCUGGCGCUGGUUAUCGGCACACACUCCUGGAGGGAACAGUUUGUGGAGGCCGUCACUGUCAGCGCAGGUGACGGUGAUGAUGAUGAGGAAGGGCGUGAAGAACGUCUGCCUUCCUGUUACGACUACUUCAUGCAUUUCCUCACCGUCUUCUGGAAGGUUCUGUUUGCCUGUGUCCCACCCACAGAGUACUGGAACGGCUGGGCCUGCUUCAUCGUGUCCAUCAGUGUUAUCGGUUUCCUCACCGCCAUCAUUGGUGACUUGGCGUCCCACUUUGGCUGCACUGUGGGGCUGCGGGACACCGUGACCGCCGUGGUGUUUGUGGCUCUGGGAACCUCAAUCCCAGACACCUUUGCCAGCAAAGUGGCUGCCAUGCAAGAUCAGCACGCCGAUGCGUCAGUUGGGAAUGUCACCGGCAGCAACGCGGUCAACGUGUUCCUGGGGAUCGGCGUGGCUUGGUCAGUGGCCGCCAUCUACUGGCAGAUCCAGGGAAAAAAGUUCAUUGUGGACCCUGGUUCGCUGGCCUUCUCUGUCACCCUCUUCACCAUUUUCGCUUUCGUCUGCAUGGCCGUGCUGCUCUUCAGGCGCCGGCCCUCCAUCGGCGGGGAGCUGGGUGGCCCCAGGGUUCCCCGCCUGCUGACCACCAUGCUGUUCUUUGGCCUCUGGUUGCUCUACAUCUUCUUCUCCAGCCUGGAGGCCUACUGUCACAUCAAGGGCUUUUAAUAAGCGAAUGUUUCAGAGGCGUACUGGCCAGAAACACAAACAGCCUGUAAACUCUGCCCCC